AAAAAGUUAGAUCUUUGUAUAAAAAGUGCAUUUCUCUCGUCUGUAACUGUAUUCAAAACCAGCAAUUUGGAGAGGCUGCAAAACUAUUAUGGAUCAUGAGCCAAGAGAAAGCAUUUUGUGACCACUUUUACUACAAAGCGAUCAUGAUUGUCUUUGAAAAUCUGCAGCUAACUAACAAAAAUGAACUAAUAUGGACAUUUGUGAGUGAUGCUGGAAGAUUAAUUCUAAUAAAUAAAAAAGAAAUCCAGUUGGAAUACAUUAUUUAUGGCUUGAAAAAUAAUGUACCUGAUCUUCGGCUUGAAUCUGAAGCAAUAGUGACUAAAAGGAUGAAAGACAAAUUGUACAAAAAUGAGAGACUAGACCCUAUAUUGGAUGCUUAUUCCAAUAUGAUUAACUAUAUAGACUGGUGCAGAUACUUGACUGAAGAGACAACCCCAGAAUUAUGUGCUGAUGCAGCAGAAAGAGCCAUAGUUAAUUUAAUGAACGUUAUAAAGAGUCCUGGACAAUGGGAUAUUUUUGUACUGAAAAUAAUUGAAAUGUUGAUAUAUUAUGAGAAGCAUGAUGAGGCUGAAACUGUGUUAUUAACUUAUUUAACAUGGAAUCCGAAACACAUAAAUUGUUAUAUUUAUUUAUGUACAUAUUUGAUUUCAUACCAUCCUGAUUCUCCUCUUCUUAUGAAGAAUUUAGAGGUUUUAGCUCAACUCUGUCCUUCAGACGAAAGAGUACUUAUGUUGAUAGAAAAGAGAGCAUUGCUAGGGAAAAAAAGGAAAAAGAAUUUGAAAUAUAUAUUUAUGUUCCUGGAUUACCCUUCAAAUGCAAACAAUAUUAAAGCAUGGCAGUUAAUAGCUAAUGUACUUCAUCAAGCUGUUUCUAGCAAUAAAUCAAGUGCCUUAAAAGUCAUCAAAUCUUCAUGGCAAUUGCGCAAAACAUAUUGGAACUACAUGUAUUUUAAUGUAUCAAAACUUCAUGAAAAUAAUGAAAUUAAUAUAUGUAAAAUUCAAGUGUUAAAGAUACUCGAACCAGGUCAUCCAUUUGUUGAAGCAUUUCAAGAAUGUUGUUGAUUUGUCAUCGAUGAAUCCAAUUCAUCGUUCUUCAAUUCAUGAGACUUUGAAACCAUUGGUUAUUAUUUUUUUUGUAAAAAAUUUUUAAGGCAAUGAGCUU